AUGGCGUUAGUUGGUAAUCGUGACGUUAUUCUCAUCCAUUUUCUGUAUGUGUCAUUAGCGACCGGAUUCUCCUCUCUAUCCAAGACGACUGUACAAGGCUGUAAUGGGACUAGAUGUCCAAAUGACGUGUGCAUAAGUAAUACAAGCAUUUGUAACGGGAUUAACAAUUGUGGUGACUGGUCAGAUGAAUUAGGUUGCAACAAUUCAUCUGUUACUGUAUGUGGAAUGCAACAAACUCAAGUAAGCAGUUUUCGAAUUGUUGAUGUUGAAGAUUCACGUCCGGGAGAUUGGCCCUGGGUGCUUCUGUAUGGGAGCUAUGAUAGGCCUUUCUUUAUCUGUGGUGCUUCUUUAAUCAGCGAACGAUGGGCCAUAACUGCUGCUCACUGCGUUGUAGGGUUUAAAACUAUUACGGCAGGAAUAACAACUUCAGGCGAUAAUUCUGUGUUUCGUGAAAGUGUCGAUAUUGCCGAGACUAUCAUCCAUCCAGAAUAUGAUGCCGUUAGUAAUGAUAAUGAUAUUGCAUUACUUAGACUCUAUCCACCGCUACAAUUUAAUCUCUUUGUUCAACCAAUUUGCUAUGAAAACUUGCAAUAUCGGCCAGGUACAUUGUGUUAUGCAGCAGGAUGGGGACUUUCUCUGGAAUAUGGUACCAAUCUGCAAGUUAGAAGUGUUUUCCUGCUGAGUAUCGAAGAAUGCCGCAGUCUAUACCCCGAAUAUAACGUAACUGACAAUAUGAUUUGUGCUAUAUAUACUUCUAGCCGUGUACUCGCUUUAUUCAAUGAAAAAGGUGGUCCUUUGAUGUGCGAGUCAGAUGAUGGUACCUGGAACCUUGUCGGUGUCAAAAGCUUUGAAGUAGGAUUCAUGGCUGGAGUAUAUACUAAAGUGUCUAAAUAUGCAGAAUUCAUUCAGCAGACGAUCAGUACAAGCUACAGUGCACACAAUGAGCCAACAACUUGGAUAGCAGAGUUCCGCAUGAGUGAUUCACCCCACAUCUUUAUAUGUCUGAGUUAACGCAUGAAUGGUUUCAUGGACCUUCUCAGGACUUUUUUCCUAACCCACAUCUUUAUAAUCUACUUUUGCUGAGAGUUCCGCUUUAACAAUUCCGUGG